CCAUGUCUCCUGCGGGAAUAUUGCGACUUCAUCAAGCAGUCACUACAUCUUAGACCCUUCUCCUGCGUCUGACUGUUCGUCCUCUCCAUCAUGCCCCCGAGAGGAUUCACGCUCCCUCCCGCCAGCACACAGUCCGCGAAACAAGCGAGGAGUGCAUUCUUCUGCUCGCUAUGUCAAAAAGGUUACAGUCGCAUGAACGAAUUCGAAGCCCAUGAAUCCUCCUAUGAUCACCAACACAAGAAGAGGUUGAAGGAGAUGAAGGAAAUGCAACGACAAGUGCAACCCAAGAAGGAAGAGAAAGGACCGCUGAUGCAGAUCAAACUCGGAGGUGGUCCUAAAACCACAGCAGCCGGCGGCGGCGGCUUCAAGAAAGGGGGAUUCAAGAAUGCAUUUGCUCCUGCGGACGAGGGGCCAAAAGCCGAGCCCGAGAAGAGAGAGGAUGCGGACACUCCCAUGGUCGAGAAGCGUGAUGCCGAUAUGGACGACAGUGAUCUCACAGAAGAUGAGGAUUACUACGACCCUCGAAGACCGACGGGAUGCAUGCCCGGCUGCAAAGGCCAUGUUUCUGCCGGCUCUUGAAGCCACCAUUUUCCUCGAACGAUCACCGGCAUCUACGAUCCACAAACUAUGCAUCUGUCCGAUCCCGCAUCGGCGUUUCUGAAAAGCAAUGCUCGCAAUCUGUUCUGACCUUGCGCAGUCUUGUACCUGCAUGGCAGGCUUUUAAGAUGAUGGCCGCAAGUCUGGGACGACCAAUAAAACAACUGCAGGUUUCGCCCUGGGCCUACCGGUGUGGUAUCCACACCAGGUCUGCAGAUGGAUGGCAGGAGAACCCAUGGUCUCAAAAGGCGGACCUGUGUGGCUGGCUGGUGCGAUAUUGAACUGCGCCUUGAAAACUCGACAUGCGCGAAGAAAGCUUCCAGUCCCUGCCUAGCACCUGGAACGGUAUCAGAGGCCUCACUCGCUCCCUGCUCUCGCUCGCAUACCGACCAUUUGCAAAUGGUCGAUCUCAUGCAAAAGCCUCAAUCUAUGCCAAUGGCAUCUUCCUUCGACGUCGACUUUUCAGAGAGACACCGCCAAUGUGCACACCAAAUUGUCUCCUUGUUUUGCUGAUGUACCGGGCGGCCACGUUGUCAAGUCUUUCUUUUGCUAUGAAAGCCGAGUAGCCCACGAGGCAGGCUCUUCGCAGGGCUGCAUAAUGAUGACCAGCUCAUGCUGCAGCUUUAGCAGUGCAUGCCACGUUCCACCACUUGUCAACUUCGACUCAGGCGGGCAACAAUGUGCCUUGGUUUGGAACUUUCCUGCCAAAGCUGGCACCUGAUGCCCUCACUUUAGAGCAAUCUUCGAUGCGAAGGACGUAUGGGCAGCUCUACGGAGCACUGAGGAAGCAAGAUGGCGACGGUCGAUUCGCCCAGUGACAGCGCUUGACAAUUCAUAUUUGCUGUUCCCAAAAACGCCUCAUAUUGAUCGGUCGUCUAAUUUAAAAUCUCUGGGGAGUUAUGAUACAGAAGAAAUAGUCCAUCAUGGUCUUCCACUAUAAUAUAUCGACAACCGUAGCAACAACUAUAGCCAUAAUCACCGCCAUCCCCAGUGAACGUGCCCUUAUCUGCACGGCGGAAUUGACG